GAACCAUCUGCUCUUCAAAUCAGAUCAUGGUGAAAAGAUUCAAGGGUCGCUUCUGGCCUUGCUUCUGAUACAGUGCUGGUCUAUAUGUAUCCCAGCUCAUGAAUCAUAUCCGCUCAAAUCAAGCACAAGACUUGUUCUACAGUACCCACCGUCUUCAUGUCUACCUCUUUGUCCGUUCUGCUCACACUUCCCUUCUUAGCCAUCAUCUCGAUCCCCCUCGUCAUCACCGCUUGGAUCACGAUCAGCCUCUCGCUGCUAGCGCUCAUCCUCAGACUUCUCAUCAUCUACCUGGAGCUAUGCUUCGCAAUCAUCGCCAACUUCUUCGUGAUCCCGACAGCAACAAACAUCUCGUUGCUGAAUCUAUCUGCAUCGGAGCCCUCGACGCCCGCCUCUUCGACCCCCAAAAGACUCUCCAUAGACCAUGGCGCAACGAGGCCUUCACCACCCGCCUUGACGUCUCACCAGCACCAACAUCAUCAUGCCUACAAUCAUCACAGCCAUCACCUGGCACACUCACUUGCACGCGCCCAGAGCAAUAAACGUCCUAACCACGCCACCCGGACCAACAGCGCCUCCACCUCCUCCGACGACCAACAAGACAGCAACAUCCCGCCCACCCGCCUGUGCAAGGAACCAUCCCAACGUAACGGACACGCCCCUGCCUCUACAGCAGCAGCAGCGGGCCUCCUAGGCCUCAUCAGCGGCAACUCCGGCCGGGACUUCGAAGGUCUCGGCGGCUGGCGCUCACCCCCACCACCACCCAGUACCUCCAGAUACCACCAUCUCCCAGGCACGCACUCCCCAACAACAACCCCGAACGGCCUCCUCAGAGACGACACCCAUACCAACACAAACAGAUCCGACGACCCCGACGGCGAAGACGAGCGAGCCUGGCUCUCCAUCAACCAACGCCUCGAGCUCCCCUCGCAACCCCUAACCCUCCGCAGCAACAGCAGCACCUCGGAGCUCGUGGAACCAUCAUCAUCAUCAUCAUUCUGGCGCCAAAGACGCCCAUCGCAGGAGCAGCACCCACCACCGCCGCACCACGGCGGCCGACAUCGCCGCCAUCACCACCGCUCAGCAACCACCUCCUCGCUCCAAGUCUCCAAGCUAUCGACCAGCUCGUUGUUCUUGUCCCUGUCCAGUCGGCCGGAACCCAGCGUAGCAGCAGCAGCAGCACCACAGUCCGAGGCCCCCCGCGGCCUCAGAGCUCUGUCUCCGUCCUCAUCAUCAACCAUCCACCAGCUACCCUCUUUCCCGGAGACAGCACUCUCGGCUGAGAGCCACUCCUCCAGUGCAGUUCUCGAUGCCACCCCCGGACCGGGUGGUGGCGGCGGCGGCGGCGGCUACUUCGUCGCACGACCCACCGCGGCGAGCAAGGCUAGUUCCAACAGCAGCGGAACCGUGACCCCCGUCGAAGGAGGGCAGCGGUCCCCCCGGCCACCGGGCAAAUCGAUGGUGCAUUACUCCACGGGCCUGCGGUACCGCCGAAGAAGUAUAUCCGGACCGAACUCAGGCGUUCAGUUCCUGCAGCCUUGAAGCUCUGGUCUGGCUUGUUGUAGGAAUUGUUCGGUACGUUGCAUUCAGAGUGACUACUCGGUCAUAAAGGGCCCAAAUCCAUAGUCUUGGAGCCAUUCAUUAUUUUGGGUUGGAUGCAUGGGAAAAUUUUGUGUCAUAUGUCCUAGUCGAUUAGCCUGCGCACUCUACUAGUCUAUUAAUUUCGUG